CAAACAGACUUCAGUUACUGUCAGCUUAAUAAGGCUGCUUAAUUUUCACUAUGUGAAAGAUGGCAACGUUUUCUGAGUUUCUAUGGGUUUUGAAAAUUUGUACGUCGGCAAACAUUAGAAUGUUAACUUUUCUAAACUGUCAAACUUAGGCAAGGCGGACAGACCGAAAUUCUAAUACGCAUGCGCAAAUACUAAACGCUAAAAGCUGCGGUGAAGAACGAGUGAAUGGAAAGAAGCGUUACUAGAUGUUGGCUACUACAUGUCUCACUUCUUGCACACUAUCCAUCUUUCUUUCUAAGCAUGAUCUGACAAGGAGGAUGUUGUGAGUAAACCGUGAAUGUGUUUUUAGCAGCCGUACAAAAUAGACCUCGGGAAUCGUCUUUUCACGCUUUGGUAAUAAACGGGUGUGAAAUUAACAUGUUUACUCUAUGCUUUGCAACAAAAUAAACAAGUUGUUGUUAUUAAAAGCAUACAAACGUAAAUAUAUAAUACUGAUAAAGUAUAAUAGUCAAUAUAACAAACAACUUGAGAGUGGAACUGUCGACAGAACGAGUGGCUAUUAGUAAAAGUAUAAUAUAUCCACUAGCUGAAAUUCAUAAAUAGAACAACAACAACAUGAAAAUCACGUUCCUUCUGGUGGUCGUGUUAUUCAACACAGACAUAUGCUCAGCAAUGACGUUGACAUUUUCAAGGUUAAAAACUUCCCCACUUAAGCCGGAUAUAAAAGACUUUCUGCCACUUUUUAAAUCGUUGCAAAAACCUAAGGCUGCUGAGAAAGACAUUAAAAGUUUAUUGAGCCAACUUGGUUCAAAAUACAACCCGCGAUUCAGUUCUAUACUUACACCUGAGUCUUUGAAAGCGCGAGAACCAAGUACGAUCAAAAUAAAAGAUCAUAACGAAGCUGAAGUGAAAAGUAAUCCGAAAAUGAGUCAGGAACUGAAAAACAUGAAAUUCUUCGGGAGAAAACCGAGUGGAAAGAAGAAGGAAUAUGGAAAAAGAUUAACGUAUAAGUUUCAGCAGUGGCUGUGGAAUUUAUCCAAAUGUCCUGUGCGCUAUCGAUGGAUUGAUCUGGGUGAAAAUAUUUUCCCGCGUUUUAUUAAAAGAGGAUCGUGCUCAAGAAAAAAGACAUGUUCAUUUCCCGCGGGUAUGAAAUGUGAAAAGUCAAAAUGGAAGACAGUAGCUGUGUUGAUAUACACUUGUCUGAACGAUUACAAUGCCGUAUCUUCGGGCUGUAAAUGGAGAUCAAUGGAUCUCGAUGUCCUUGCAGAAUGCAAAUGUGGUUGCAAUGAAUAAAUAAAUAAAUUAAUUAAUUGCUUUAAAAGCAUGUGUAAUUGCAGGAAAACCAAAAAAGUCAUUUUGAAGUGAUGAAUGUAUGGUUUAUCAACAAUGGAAACAUAAAAUUGCAUCAUGUGAUAAUCCAGAAGUACAUGGAUAAUAAAUAAAUAUUCCAUAAUCAUGCAAGAGACGUAUAUAAAACCAAAAAAGAGGCUGGUGUCAUCGAGGCCAACCGGAAAAUUUAUCGUGACGCAUUCUCAUAUUUAUCAUGGCGCCUUGUACUUAAGUAUGUUAUUAAGAUUUAGGUUAGUUUGUUUAAUUAAUUCGUGUGACCACAGACUAAUAGCUUUCUUAUGUUUUUCCACUUCAAAAAAGCGUCUAACUAAUUGGGCAGGAUAUUUGUUUUUUCCUGAAAGAACAUGAUACUCGAGAUGUUUUUCUGUUCCAAAUGAAUAUACUGAAAGUACUUCACCAUAAUUCUAAGCUGAAUGUGCUAAAUUUUCCACGACAGAAAGUCGUUAAAAGAAGCGUGUUCACUAUACUGAACUAUGGACGCUCAUUUUUGAUGUAUCGAAUAAACGUUCUCAUUUUUGGAGAAGAUAUUGUUAAGUGAAAGUAGUAGAGAAAGGGUUUUUUUUAAUGGACAUUCUUCUUCAAGUGAAGAUGUUCAUUCCAAAUAGGUCCGUACGAAGACUCGGCUUAAAAUGAAACAGGAGUACAGUACCUUUUUUUCUCACACAAAAACAAACAUUUUUUCUCUCUAUUUUUAUUUUUUUUCUUUAUUUAUUUCCCCCAUAACUUGAAAAUUCACGAGAUUCUAUAUUUAUUAUUGUUUGUUACUUUUGUAUUAACUUGAACGCACGGUGUAUAUAUAUAAAAUUGAUAAAAGUUUGUAAAGUAAUGAAAUAUAUCAGAGAAAUAGCAUAUCAGUAAGAAAACCUUCUAAUCAGGUGAAACAGA